UCACCUUGUCACGCAUUUAGUGGUCCGCCAUAUUGUGUCGUGAAACGUUUGCACACGGCUCACAGCUAUCAUCUCCGCGACAAAGUGUCUAAGUUGUCAGAUGCAAACCCGACACGCAGGUGUAAACACGACUUAGCAUGGCUUUUACUUUACUGGAUAUCGUUUUGAUGGUUGCCGUUUUUUCGUCAUCACAACUGAUCGAAGCCGCAACGGAGGACCACCCAGAACACACCCGUCUUGAUGUUUUUGAACAAGUUCUCGCUAUAACUCAGGUUACAAAUAGUACUUUUCUCAAUGAUGCUAAAACAGAACGGUUCCUGGAACUAUUGCUACACAACUUUAAGUGUGAGACAACCCAGCCGGCAGCCUGCGAAGAUGCUGUGUGCCUCAACAUAUCCGGUCUGUUCAACGUCGUGGGUGCCGACAUCAGCAAGGGUCUGACCGAGGAGCAGUUCCACAACGCAAGCGUCGUCAUAUUCUACUACAUCUACAACAUCACCAACUACUGCCGACAGAAUGUCAACCCAGAAACCAACACGUUUGAGUUUUAUCUCCAGAAGGCCAAGGCCAUCCUCUUCGAGGAAGGUCAUGGUGACAUUGAGGCAGAGACUAUUGAGCAUGCGUUGGAACACAUUGCAAAGUCGAUCAAGCUUCGGGAGGACCACAGUCAGGAGGCGAACCACUCCCAGUUCGAGCACAGCCACGAGCACAGCCACGAGCACGGCCACGAAGGGGACAACCACGAAGGGGACAACCACGAAGAACACGUGAAUGUCAUUGAUGCCGUGUGUUUGAGCCCGGACGCAGUAUUUUACCAGCUAGGUGAGGAGGGGGAGCACAUUGAGGGGGACAAACUUACAGAUGUCGCCACCUUCAUCGUGUACCACCUCCUGGAAGGGUCGCCGAUCAAGGAAAAGUGCCGCCUCCUUCCUUCUCCAAGGAACAUCCUCGACGACCUGUUCUCUCGCCUCAACGCCGUCAAUAACACCCUCACCGACACACAGCUAAGUGCAUUGCUAGCUAAGUUGAACCUCGCUGGUGCCAAGAAGGAGGAGGACCAUUCAGGCCACAACCACAGGAGACGGAGAAGUCCUGGCCUUGUGUCCCGUGACCUUGUGUCCCCCGACCUUGUGUCCCCCGACCUUGUGUCCCGCGUGAAGAGACAGACUCAUGACGGACACGACCAUGGCGCGGUCACGGUUCCUAAAGACUGUUACUCAGUUGGUGAGAUCAUGGCCAUCCAUGGCUUGGGUCAUGAUGACGUCAUCACCGAGAGCAAGCUGGUGGAGUUGUGUCCCACCCUAGUGUACAUGCAGGUGGCAGGGUCGUGUGUCGCCACCCACAACACCACACAACCAGCCACGCCCACCCUGGCGGAACGAUACGGAUACGGUUCCCUAGCAACGCUGAUCAUCUGUCUGUGCGCUGUACUGGGCGCCAUCCUCUUCCCCUUCCCUAAGGGCACCUGCUAUGAGGCGUUUAUGGCCAUCUUUCUUGGACUUGCUGUCGGCACGCUGUACACUGACGCCAUCUUGCAUCUCAUACCUCAGGCACUCGGUCUUCACAACCAUGGAGAAGGCGAAGACGCGCAUGCGCACGCCGAGACAUCCGGUCCAGUGAUAGAGGACUACACGUGGUAUGCCGUAGUGGUAGUUGCAGGUACAUACGGGUUCUACUUGAUCGAGGCUGCGAUGAAGGUCCUAGGCUCUGGACAUGGUCACUCCCACGGGAACCCUUCAGUGGAGCUCGGUGGGCCGGAAGAUAUCAAAUAUGUCACAAAACAGGCGGGCGGCUUUGUGGUCGAAGAGGAGGGAAAGAAGAACUCGGGAUUCACGACGCUUGCCUUCAUGGUGAUAAUCGGGGACGCUGUUCACAACUUCGCCGACGGUCUGGCAGUGGGCGCCGCCUUCAGUCUCAGCGUCUCCAGCGGCAUCAGCACCAGCAUCGCCGUCUUCUGCCAUGAACUGCCACACGAACUGGGCGACUUCGCUGUGCUGCUGACGAGCGGGAUGUCGUUCAAGAGGGCGCUGUUCUGGAACUUCUUGUCUGCCUUGACGGCGUUUAUAGGACUUUACAUCGGGCUCUCCAUCUCUACAGACCCGCUGGUCCGACGGUGGAUAUUUACCGUCACAGCCGGGAUGUUCAUCUACAUCGCCCUAGUCGACCUGUUGCCGUCUCUUAUCAACAACGUGACCAGACACCGGAAGUUAUUGUUUGUGAUGCACAACGUGGGGAUAUUGACUGGUUUCCUCGUCAUGCUGCUCAUCGCGUUCUAUGAAGAAAAGAUUACCAUCUAAGGGAUUAAGGACGAGACUGGACGUGGAGUAUCGAUGUUGGGUCACGUGGUGAUGCAACCCGAUAACUUGGCUCUAACAAUACUUGUUAUAUAUACUGACUGGAGAGUGCACCAAGGGGAGACAACUCCCGGUGAAC